ACAUAAAAUUAGGAUUAACCACCUUUUAAUCGUGCUACAAGGGAAUCCUGUUCAGUCCGGAGCUCUACUACAAAAUGUCAUUCACUGAUGUACUGGCCAUCGUUGGGGGAUUUGCUGUUGUUUUCCACCUGCUGAAACUGGCAUGGAGAUGUUGGGAUGGAUUCAAAGAGUUUGUUUUGUCAGAGAUUUGGCAAGUGGAUUUAAGGACAUUUGGGCAAUGGGCAGUUGUCACUGGUGCCACAUCUGGCAUUGGUAAAGCUUAUGCCAGUGAGCUGGCACGCAGAGGCCUGAAUGUUGUUUUGGUGAGCAGAUCUGAUGAUAAGCUUCAAAUGGUUGCCAAAGAGAUAGAGGAUCGGCAUGGACGAAACACUCGCACCAUCCAAGUGGACUUCACAGACGGCCACAGUAUCUACCCUACUAUAGCCGCAGCGCUACAGGGACUGGAGAUUGGAAUUCUGGUUAACAAUGUAGGAAUGACCUAUUCUGAACAUUUUGCCUAUUUCCUGGAAAUACCAGAUGCUGAAAAGAAAAUCACUCAUAUUAUCAACUGUAACAUGCUAUCUAUUCCUCAGAUGACCAGACUGGUUCUUCCAGGCAUGGUUGAAAGAGGGACAGGGCUGAUCAUCAAUAUCUCCUCUGAAGUGGGCGUCCAUCCACAGCCUUUGUUGUCCCUUUAUUCUGCCACUAAGAUUUUUGUAACAUAUUUCUCUCAGUGUCUGCAUGCUGAGUACAAAUCAAACGGAAUUAUUGUUCAGUGUGUGGCCCCCUUCAUGGUGUCAACCAACAUGACACACAACAUGAGAGUCAACUGCUUUGUGAAGACUGCUUCAGGGUUCGCCCGUGAGGCCUUGAACACUGUGGGUCACUCCAGCUACACCAGUGGCUGUCUCUCCCACGCACUCCAGAGCAUGGCUCUCACAAUACUCCUGCCAGACUGGCUUCGUAUGUCAACAGUCCUCAUCAGAAAGCUACGAAACCUUGCAAAAGUCAGCAAAUAUGAAAGAAGAGUGUGCAAGGAAAAGGAGACGCUCAGUGAAAAGGAGGAGUAGUUAUGUGACUGCAUCUGCACAGAGAAUGAAGGUCACUAAAUGGAUGAAGAUUACUGACAUGUCGACUUUUACAGCUUAAUAUGGGCAUUAUAAUAGAUUAUCUUCACUGUAGGUCCACUUCUCACAUACACAAAAUGUGUGUAAUAUCAUCCAAUGUAACCAUCAGCCUUUUUCCUUUCUGGUGUUAUUUUUGACAGUCUGCAUCAUUAAGCACAAAAAUCCGAAAUUUUUAAAGUUAGCACAUACAACAGCAACAAACGUUCAUCAUUGUGAGGUCAAACGUACAAAACGGUUCCCUUUGUGAAGACUAGAGAUACACAUUUAAUAGCAAGAAAACAUGUUUGCAUAAGUGCAUGGAAAACAAAAAAAAUCCGAACUCAAUUCAGCUCUGAAAGAAAAGGUCUUUGGGUCACUUGGUCCAGAAACCAGCAGAAAUGUGUGAGUGUAGGAAAAUGCAAGCAGCACAAAUACAGAGUUUUAAAAAAAAAAAACAACAAUUAUGCAUUAACACAAUACAAUAUUUAGAAACUUACCGUGGUCAAUUGUUUUCACAAAACACCACAAAUUCAUAAUUUCAUCCCUGAAAUGAUAUACAGACAUUUCUAUAGUCAAUGUCCUAGACAACCCGUAUUGCUCAAAACAAAUUGUGUUUGUGUUCUGAAGCGUCUUUGACACAUUUUUACAGGCUUAAAGCUAAUGCAAACAAGAGGUUAUAUCAACAUAAAUCAGGCACGCAAACGUUAGUAUUCUCCCAUUCCUUGGCUCACCAAGCCAGUUCAAGUAUUUUAAAAUAGGAAAAUAUCCUUGUUGAAUGCAAAAACCUCAAGUGGCGUAUUUUCAAAAUGCACUCGACUGUGGUCCUUUCCUAAGCUUCAGUAAAACGACAAAAAAAAAAGCUGCAUUAGAUGAAAGUAUAGUAACCGGUGCUACAUACUGUACCUUAGUAUCCACUUUUCAUUACAUUAUGUGUUAAUUUUACAUGUAACCAUAGUUUAUACUUGCACUUAAAUGAGCAGUCAGAUAAGACUUGCUGCUUUAUGUACAAUAUCAAAUGAUACAACAGGAACAAAACUCAUGACUGCAAAUGCUCACAGAUCAGUGUAUGUGACAGGGGUGACACCAUGAAUCAGGAGUGUUGGCCCUAAACUAUUGGUCACUGCUUCCACCUGAGCCAAGUACUGCUGUGAUUGGCUGUGAUGCGCAGGAGGUCGAGGUAAAUACAGGAAGCGAACAGCAGCUUGCGAGCUGUGCUCCAUCAACAUACAGUUCACUGCGGACAAGAAGU